GACUGGUGUGACUUUGUAAAAUUACUUUUGAUGUUAGGAUAAAUAUUCAGACCAACCAUUCGACAGCCCAUAGCUACAAAAAUGGCGGACGAUCUGGACAAAUCAUUAAAUGCUGAUACAGCUGGAGAUGACAACCAUCAACCAGAAAUUCCAGAAAAUGUCCAGAAAAUAAUCACAGCCGAGAAGGAGAUGGAGGGAUUGCCGGCCAAACGUCCCAAGGUGGACCUGCAGUCCCUGCCAACCCGGGCCUAUCUGGACCAGACUGUCGUGCCUAUCCUGCUACAGGGAAUGUCAGUACUGGCAAAAGAGCGGCCACCAAAUGCAAUCGAAUUCCUAGCCGCCUAUCUACUGAAGAAUAAAAGCUCAUUUGAAUAGCAUGACUAUGCAAACCCGUGAUAUUUCUAUUGACGUUCCAGCCUGUUGAUGUUGUGUGUAUAUAUGAAAUGUAUUGCACGCCUCAGUGUGGUCAUUACACUUGUAUAAAUGUUACAUUCAGGGAAUCACAACUAGACUAGAUGAGUGAAUGAAAUGUUACUGCUCAUUGUGGGAGGGGUAUGAAAUCGUCCCAUUUUCAAAUUUCUUUUUUUGUGAUCAUGUACAAAAUUAUUGUUGACACUAUAACACAUUGACUUUUUACGAGAAAAUAAUUUAUGGUCCAUGUUUAUUUAAAUGAACCUUCUAAUAUUGAAUCAAUUUCUUACUGAAGAAGAUAUAAAUUAAAUGAACUAAAUGUUGCGAUUGAUGUGUUGAUUUAUAAAAAUUAUUCGUUUUCCAUCUUGCUUAGAACCAAUAUAACUUUAUCUUACUUGAAAGAGGUUAUAUUAUGAGGAGUUAAAAUAAGUACCUCUCCAUUUUCAUAUAAAAAAAAAUGAAAUAUAGAUCUUGUAUGAUUUAUUUGUCAAUCAAUCUCACAUAAUCAUAAUGUUCUGUACACUAUUUUAAUAAAUUUUCUCAAGUUA